AAUUAUUGGAGAGAAAUCUUUGCGAUCACAUCAGGAAUUGACAAGCAAUUGGAAAAUUUAAAGAAAUCAGGAUCUAACAUUCGUGAAAUCCACCCUCUUGUUCUUGUUGGAUUCCAUGGUUAGCGUUGAUUUAGGGCACGAUUGAAUUUUAGGCGGGCAUUUAACGGCCAACGAAUCUUCAGUUUCCCCCAAAGUUUCUUUCGCAAUAAUGUCGUUUCUCGAGGACUUCCAAGCCAGUUUGGAGCCAUUGCCAAACAUCUUGCAGAGGAAGUACGCAUUAUUACGUGACUUGGAUAAAAGUUUGCAAGAUAUUCAACGGCAGAAUGAAUUACAUUGCCUACAGGAAAUAGAGGAAUUUAAAGAGGGAGUAAAGUCUGGGAACAUUGGGCCAGGCACGUCACUUAACAAAUUCUCAGAAGAGGCUCAAGAUGAGCAAAAACAUGCCAUCAGGAUCGCUGAUGAGAAGGUUGCUCUGGCGGUUCAAGCAUAUGAUUUGGUGGAUGCUCAUAUUCAACAACUUGAUCAGUAUCUUAAAAAAUUAGAAGAGCAACGGCGUGAAAAGGAUAAUGCUGCUUUAGCUGCAUCGCUUGCUUUGAAUCCUGAUGGAAAUGGGAAACCUGGAAAAGGCGGUGAAGGUGGUAGAGGAGGACGAAAAAAGACACGGCUUGGUGCAGCAGCCUCAACAGGUGCAUCAGCAGCGGCUGCAAACGCACCAAGUAUGGACUUGGAUCUGCCGGUUGAUCCUAAUGAACCAACGUAUUGUUUCUGCAACCAAGUGAGCUACGGGGAGAUGGUAGCGUGCGACAAUCCUGAUUGCAAGAUCGAAUGGUUCCAUUACGGGUGUGUUGGUCUGAAAGAGCAACCGAAAGGAAAAUGGUAUUGUAGCGAUUGCAGCGGGAUGCAAAAGCGAAGAAAGGGGAAAUAAACCAAUGAGUUGUUGUUUGUUGAUGUUGUAGGAAUUAGGAAGUAAUUGAAGAUCAAUAACUCUCUAGAUUUUGUGUGAUUUUGUCUUUUCUUUUUAUAGUUUGAAUUGAUGCUUCUUUUAUUACAUUUAGCCUUUAGU